AAGCAGAACAGCCUGUCCAAUGAGGUUGAAGACACCAGAAGACGUAGAAGAGUAUUUAAGAGUCAAAAGCUCACCCUAUCACAGUGCUGUCGUUCUGGGACUGUUCGACUUAAGCAUGAAGGAAGCAAAAGAAGCCUUCAUUGAAGCUGCAAGAGUCCUCAAUGGAGAUGUUAUGAUGGGGAUCUACUGUGAAGAGGAUGCCACCAUUCUCUCCCAAAAUUACAAUCUGCCCCUUCCAGGACUAGUGCUGGUGAAGUCUGAAACCCAGAAGAGGCAUCAUAUCUCCCUCUCAGAGUACAGCCCGGGGCACAUUAUUGAAUCCAUCCGCCGUGGCUUACUGGACGUGUUUCCGGAAAUCACCGUGGGAAACCUCCCGGCUUACUUCCAGCGGGCGAAACCCCUGCUCAUGUUGUACAGUGAUGGGCCUUUGGGGGAAAGGGUCGCGGGGGAAAUGAGGCGCGUGGCGGAAGGCGAACACCGGGAGGACUUCGUUGCCUGCUGGCUUAAUCUCAAGAACACCCCGGUGGGCUGGGGAAUCCUGAAGACCUAUUUUGGAAGCCCUCUCCCGCCUUUGCCUCUCCUCCUCUGGAUCAACCUCCAUUCUGGAGGCGAAGUGUUUGUUUUCCCGUCGGAUCGAUCUCUUUCUGAACCCGACAUCCUAGCUUGGGUCAAGAAGCUGGAGUCUGGCCAAGAAGCUCUGGGCGCCACUCUCUCUGGGGAAGAAUGGAGGCCACGGCUUCCCGCCUAUGACUUCCUGAGAAAGAUGGCGCCCACACUGCCGGAAUUUACGAUUUACAGCGGAGGGAGCAUCCGUAGCCACCGGGAGGAGCUGGAGGUCUCCGGAGGAAAUCAGGCGAGGGCCCCCACGAAGAAGGAGCCCACGGAAGGAGGUGCCACGGAGGCCGAAGCGGAGAAGGAGCCACCGAGGGGAGGGGACUUGCGAGGGACAGCUCCUCGGCUGGGCGCCAGGGAGAAGCAGACCAAGCGCCACGUGGAGCUGUGACGCUCCCCGGGAACGCCACGUCCACGGAUGGUUCUGACAGCCGGAGUCAGGGAGGCGGGAGGCCUCCUCCCAGCUCCAUCGCCUUUCCUUCAUCGACUGGGGAAGGUCGAGAGAUGAAGCUCCCCGUUCUUUAAAAUGUGCCGGACCAACAAAGCUGAAUAAUUCUUGGCCGUGGAAGAUAUCGGACGGCCGUCGUGACUGGAAGAACAGGAAUAUGAGAGACUGGGUGGGAAGGAGUUAGACGGGCAUGAAGAGGAACGGCUGGGAGAAAAUACAAUAUUGGGAUCUUGAUGUAGAUUUUCUGAGUAUGUGUGUGUCUAAAUGUGUAGAACAACAACAACAAGCUAAUAGUGAUACAACAUUUUAAGCACGCAUGUGCCUGCAGGAUGUAAAGGUAUUGGCAAUUUGUGAUUUUUUUAAAGCUCUCAAUGAAUCUAUUCUUAAGGGAUGCUCAACCUCUUGCUGCAUAGGAGAAGCAAAAAAGCCAAGCAAAGCGUUUAGCAGAAAACACCAGUUUUAUAUUGCGGUUGCAUCUGCCCCUGUGUUUUUUUUUGCUGACGUAGUCAUGCGUGACCUGACUCCGGUCUGUUUCCUCAACUGGGCAACCUGCAGAUGAGUUGGACUGCCACACCUCCCGUUUUCGUCAGGCACCACGAUCAGUGAUCAUGCUUUGUGGUGGGGGCACUGGUCUAAUGCCAAAGCUGGCUGUGGAUGAUGGAAGCCGUAGUGCAGCACAUCUGGAGGACACCUAGAGGAGGCAGGCUGUCAUGUGAUGGAACUUUUUAAUAUGUAACACAUGAUACGAAUGAGGUGAAUGAGGAUUAUACAUCUUCAUGUUCAGGUGUGCUUUUAUUUAUUAUAAUUGUUAUGUGCCAUCAAGCACUCUCCAACAUGUCCUGGGCUCAACAGUCUUG